AUGAUUUCAAAGGCCCUAAUUGUCGUUGGUACGAUGUUGGUACCGAUUAUUUUUGGUGUACCACAAGGGCCCUCUUAUCUACCACCAAGUGGUGGACGGCCAACUGGCGGUGGUACUGGACAUCCUGAUGAUUGGGCUGGGGAUCCGGCAAAUUAUGAGUAUUCAUAUGAAGUUCAAGAUGCAGGACUUGGUGUUGAUUUUGGACACCGCGAAAUGCGAAAAGACGAAGAGGCUAAAGGAAGUUAUCAUGUUUUACUUCCAGACGGUAGAACACAAUUUGUUGAAUAUGUUGCAGACGCGGGUGGAUAUCGACCGGUGAUCCGGUAUGAAGGAACGGCGACAUAUCCAGCAUCUGGACCCUCUGGAAAUGAUGAGGGCUACAAAUAUUGA